CCUCCACCUCCACCUCCAACUAGAAGAAGACAAAGCAAGCUAGCUGCUGCUGCAGCUUGACUAGCACCGCAUAAAGCAAACCACAAUUCACUUCACAAAACUCCCAAAAAACAAAACUAGAUCCCCAAAUCUAUCACUCAUUCACCUCCUUCAUUCUUCUUCUCCCAACCCCACACCACACCACAACACAAACAAACAAACAAAACUCAACACACACAAACAACACCUCUUCCAACUUGCAUUUCCCUCAAACCCAUCACCAUUCAUCACUGCAAAGUAGCAAUGUCUUUCCCCCUCUUCCUCUUCUUCUCAAUCAUCACUCUUUCCACAGCUCUUCCUCCUCAACCAUACUCUUACCCACACGGUCUCUCUUACCACAUCGACUGUGGAAGCCCAACAAACACCACCGACUCCUUCAACACCACAUGGCUCUCCGACCGCUACUUCACCGGCGGCGCCACCGGCAUCGUCUCCGAGCCUCUCCACUUCCACCACAACCACGAGAAGACUCUCCGCUUCUUCCCAAUCUCCUCCGGCAAGAAGAAUUGCUACGCCAUCCCCUCCCUCCCUCCCUCCCGCUACCUCUUCCGCACCUUCAUCGUCUACGACAACUACGACGGCAAGUCUCACCCUCCCUCCUUCGACGUCUCCGUCCGCGGCACCGUCGUCUUCUCCUGGCGCUCCCCUUGGCCACAGUCGCUCUCCCGUAACGGCGCAUACUCCGACCUCUUCGCGGUUGUUGAAGGCCAAGCCCUAAUCUGCUUCUACAGCUUCGCCACCGAUCCUCCGGUUGUGUCUUCUCUCGAGCUCUUCGCCGUCGAUCCGUUGUCGUAUGACUCCGCUGCGAUCGGAAGCAACGAAACCAUACUCGUGAACUAUGGAAGGUUGAGCUGCGGCUCGGAGCAGUGGGGGCCGGGGUUCACCGCUGACGCCGACCGAUUCGGCCGGUCGUGGCAGUCCGAUAAGGAGUUCCGAACCGGGAAGGACAGGGUUGUGACGGUGUCGACGAGGGAGAGCAUUGCUGGGACUGAUCAGAAGCCGAAUUACUUCCCGGAGAAAUUGUACAAGACGGCGUUGACGACGGCGGAGACUGCGGAGGAAGGUGGUGGUGUUUUGGAGUAUGAACUGGGUGUCGAUGCGAAGCUGGAUUAUCUGGUGUGGCUGCAUUUUGCUGAGAUUGAAGGGAAGGUGAAGAGGGCAGGGGAGAGGGUGUUUGAUGUGUUCAUCAAUGGCGAUAACUUGACUAGGGUGGAUAUAUACAAGCAGGUUGGGGGGUUUGCGGCGUUUAGCUGGCAUCGGACGGUGAAGAAUUUGAGUAGCAGUGUGAUGAGUGUGAAGCUUGUUGGGGUUGUGGGUGCGCCUCUCAUUUCUGGGAUCGAGAAUUAUGCUCUGGUUCCUGGUGAUCCUUCCACUGUUCCUCAACAAGUGAUUGCCAUGAAAGGGUUGAAAGAUUCACUCCGGGUUCCUGAAAGAAUGGGUUGGAAUGGUGAUCCUUGUGCUCCUACUAAUUGGGAUGCUUGGGAGGGAGUUACCUGCCGAAUGAGUAAGGAUAAUACUGCUCUGGUGAUUAGUCAAAUAGAUCUGGGCAGUCAAGGCUUGAAAGGUCUCAUAAGCGAUCAGAUUAGUCUUUUGUCAGACUUGGUAAGCCUGAACUUGAGUUCUAAUUUGCUGGUGGGUGAAAUACCUUCUGGACUAGGUCAAAAAUCCCUGACACACCUGGACUUGUCCAACAAUCAAUUAACAGGCUCCAUACCAGAUAGUAUAGCCUCUUCAAGUUUGCAGCUUGCGCUAUUGAAUGGUAACUUAUUGGAAGGACGAGUGCCAGAGCAACUUUAUUCGAUCGGUGUGCAUGGUGGUGCUAUUGAUCUCUCUGGAAACAAAGGUUUGUGCGGUGUGCCAUCCCUGCCAGCUUGUCCUAUGUUUUGGGAGAAUGGCAAAUUAUCUACUGGGGGUAAAAUUGCAAUAGGCGUGUCAUGUCUUCUUGUUUUCUGUGUCAUACUGCUGCUGGUUUAUAUCUAUAUCAGAAGGAGAAACAAUGAUUAUGACUUCGCUCUGCCUCAUGAAUUAACAUCAUUAGCUGCCAAGAGAAACCGAUAUCAGAGGCAGAAAUCCUUAAUGGUUCUUGAAAUGGAGAGUCAACACGCCAAGGGACUACCUUCACAUUUUACCACCCAGUAACCUUGUAAAUGGACGUGGUAAUGGAAAUUAUUUUUCAAACAUACACUGACACCGACACAUGCAGCUUAGAGAAAGGGUUUGAAAGUGUUGCAGCACCAAUUCUAGACCAUGAUGUGAAACACUUCCGCUUUAGUGGAAAAUGGCUUCUGGGGUUCAUCUUUCCCAUACAACUGUCUCGUCAAUGAUUCUUGAAGCCACUUAUUACCAUGCAUGCCCUUUAUCACAAUGGUUAUUGUCCCAUCAAACAAAUCAUACACCCUAUAAUGUCAAUACUUAGCCGCAACUUUUGCUGAAUAUGUGACAUUCAUUUUUGUGAAAUUUAGCCACAUGUUAGUGUCCAACUACAUCAAUUCCACUUGACUUUUUUUAACAUUGUACACUGAUUUAUGUAGCUACAGAGCCGUGAUUGGACUUCAUUGUAAAUGUACUUCCAAAACUUCAAUUCGCUUGUAGUUUGUACGAAGUAAAGCAUGACAGAAAAAUUCCACACUUCAGAAUAAUCCUUUCUAUCUUUUGUUCCAUAUACAAAUUAUAAAUCUAUAAGUUUUUUGGAGUUUCUCUA